UCCGCAAGCUCCAGAUCGAGGUCUUCAUUUUCAUCGCCUCAGAAACAUACUCGAAACACCAAAUUACCUACACAAGACAAUCGACACCUCAAGAUACCCAGAGCAAGACCUCUGAACGACCCCCGCAAGCAUGGUCCUCCUCGAAAUGACGACCUACCUCACUCUCCUCAUCCUCACCUUCUUCCGCUUCCUCCUCGACGGAGGCUACUACCUCCUCAUCCGAGACCUCGGCUUCAUCAUCGUCAACCUCCUCGCGUGGUUCCCAAACAUGGUCGCGGGCAUGCUCAUCCGGUAUUACGUCAUACCGGUCUUCUCGUGGCUGGGCUUCGGCCCCAGGGGCUCCAUCGUCGGUGAGCUCUUUCCCACAUCGCGUUCUCGGGUGCUUUGUCUAUUUUCUUUUGCGAAGAACUCCUUUGGGGAGCGAGUCGAGUGAGUGGCUAACAGUGUCAACCCGC